AUGUUUGUUCGUUUGAUUUUAGGUCUUUAUUCCGAGCUGAGUAAAAAUAUUUUUUUUAAGGUUAUAGCAAGAUGUUAUUGUUUAUGUUUCGUAGUUUUUAUAUUUUAUUCUAAUUACUCAAUGCUACUCACGUAUCCUCCUCCGAUAAAAGUUGCAAUAACUACAGUGCACAAACUGAUGGUUUAUACAAUAGUAACAGUGGCAUCUAUGUUGAGCAACGGGGAACAUUUUUACGAAUAUCUAAACGAAAUGUCCAAUAUUGAAACAAAAUCCAAGAUUAAGCCGCGAAAAUUUGAAUUGAUAAUUUCAUUAACAACAUUUGUUGUAAUAAUAAUACUUUACACGUUCUUUUUAUUUCAUAAUAUGACAUUUGCAAAUAAAAAUGCUUAUUUAGAGUACUAUUUCGGUACUUUGACAUUGCUGUUUAUGGCUAAAUGUUUUAAUAACAUGGCUCGAGUUAUGAUGUUUGAACUUUUGUGGGAUCGGAUGAAGUCACUAAGGAUGAUGAUGGUAGAGAACCUAAAAUUUUGCGAACUAGUAAGCGAUGACCACGUCGAACUACAAAUUUCAAAGUUAGAAGAAUAUAUAAAAGUGUAUAAUAAUUUGUUAGACAAUCUAAAAUAUAUGGGUCAUGCAUCAAAACUGAUGAUUAUCUUGAAUCUUCCGUCUUAUUUCAUUUAUGUUAUAUCGGUUAUGCUGGAGUUUAUCAAAUAUCGCUUCGUGGACAUGUUCUACCUCUUUGAUGGCGUUGCAAAUACAAUGAUACCGCUAGUACCAGCUAUUCUUGCGGAACUAGUCACCAUACAAGUUGAAAAGAUGAAGACCCACCUUAGCCAACAACUUCUAGUUUGUAGUCAUAAUGGACUCAGGAACAGGGUAUGCGACGCCCUGAAGUUCUUAGAACUCCGCCCCUUCAAGUACACUGUUUGGCGUGCCUUCAGUCUCAACACAUCUUUACUAUUGGGUCUCAUUAGCCUGUGUACAACUUAUACUAUUGUAGCAAUUCAGUUUUCACACGUCUACGGUUAA